AUGGCCCCCUCACAACCUAGUGCCCCACCAACUCCUCCUCUACAGCCAAUGUAUCCCUUUGAAUGCCUGGCAGUGGCAGCGGAUUUUUUUAGCUACAGAGGCAAACACUAUUUGGUGGCAGUAGAUAGAUACAGUAACUGGCCAAUUGUUGAACAAGCAAAAGGAGGAGCCGCUGGACUGAUCACGACUUUAAGACGAACAUUUGUUACUUUUGGGAUUAGCGACGAACUCACUUCAGACGGUGGUCCAGAGUUUACUGCGAAGGAGACAACCACUUUCCUCAAGAAUUGGGGUGUUAAAAAUCGCUUAUCGUCAGUGGCGUUCCCCCACAGCAACACACGAGCUGGAAUUGCUGUCAAAACUAUCAAACGUCUCAUUACCAAUAACACUGACGAAGAGGGCUCACUCGACACCGAUCAUUUUCAACGAGCGAUACUUCAGUACCGCAAUACUCCCGACAGGGAUACCCGCUUAUCUCCUGCUAUGUGCAUUUUUGGCCGUGCCAUACGUGAUUUCAUCCCCAUCCAUCCUGGCAAAUACAAACCACUUAAUACAUGGCGCGAGAAACUGAUUGCCAGGGAAGAUGCCUUACUACUUACUGAAUACAGCACUGGCCCACACCCUCUAAAAUGGGACAAAACUGGAGUUGUCAUUGAGGUGCGACAAUUCGAUCAAUAUGUGGUUCGAGUAGAUGGUUCCGGUCGUGUCUCUCUCAGAAAUCGUAAAUUCUUGCGUAAAUACCAACCAGUCAUCGACCGUGAACCACUCACAAAGUCAACACACAACAAUACGUACAAUCAGGCACAAUUCGUGCCCCAGCUACCUGUGACUCCGACUCCUCAGACUGAGAUUAAAGUCACCAAACUCACACAACCAGUCAUGAACCAGCAAGAUAUUGCAGAGCCACGACCUCCACCUCCCACAGGACACAAAGACGUUGCUCCAGCUACACAAAAAUUGCCUCGUGCACUACGGGCUCUUAUGCCCCAUAAUUCGCCUGGACUCGGAGAAUCCACUGAUGCUCUACCAAGAACACGAAGUCAGUCAACGCAGUAA